AUCGACUCGAGAGAGUUGUUGGCAUUGGACAAUUCAUAUGCAUGCACGAGUCCUUGUCGGUGCCUUUUGACCCAUGCUAUUUGGCAGUUUCCACUCCGUUCAGAUAAGCUGCACGCUGCAAGUUUGGCGGACUUUCAGCUUCACAAUCCUGCUAAUAAUUUUCCUUUGUCGGUAUAGCCGGCAAAUCCAAUGGGACGAUGGUUUCCUCCUUUCGUUGGAAGUCUUAUAUCGCGGGGUGUCCAGCCUGUCGAGGAGUGGCAGGAGUUGGUCUGACUAUCAAUAAUUUCUAAUGGCGGCACCAUACUUGCAUCCGCAGAGUUCUUUCUCUGAAGUAGGACUCGCACCUAAUACGGGCGCGGUUGAGGAGCCGAGCAGAGCCUCACCUCCUAAAGACACCAAUAAGCGCGGCCAGUCACCGACCGUUUCUUUGACUGAGACCUGGACCUCUUCACCGGCCAGUACGCAGCAAGGGUCAUUCAAGGAAAAGAAUGGCAGCCGUACAAGCUUUGGGAGAUCUAGUACUACUUCCGAGACCACUUGGUUCCCUGAAGUUGUCUGCCUCAUCAUCGGCUUUGCUUCAAUUGGAGCUAUCAUCGGUGUCCUUGCCCAUUACAAUGAUCGAACCCUCCCUCAAUGGCCUUACAGCAUCACUCUCAACACUAUCAUUGCACUCUUGACUGCCCUUGCAAAUGGAACUCUGGCGGUUCCUCUUUCCAAUGGCAUCAGCCAGCUGAAGUGGGAUCGAUUCAAGAAAGAUCGUACUGUGCUCACAGAUAUGGACUUGUUUGAUCAAGCCAGCAGAGGUCCUCUAGGAGCAUUCAAUCUGAUAGCGAGAGCUCCGGGUCGCAUGAUGGGAUCGUUUGGAGCCUCAAUCACAAUUCUAGCUUUUGCUUUGGGACCAUUCUCGCAACAAGUAGCUACCUACCAGAACCGGAUGGUUGGGACGGAUAAAAUUGCCAAGUUGCCAGUUGCAGUCAACUAUACUGGAGUCCUUCCUGGUGACUCCUCGUCAAAUGGAUAUGUACCAAUCCUGCCUAUGAAAGCUGCUGUCUACAAUGGCCUAUUUGCCGAAUCGAAUCCUCUAAACCCUUUCGCAGUUACUUGUGAGACUGGAAAUUGUACCUGGCCUGCAGUCGAUACUCUUGCCGUGUGCAGCUCCUGUAUUGACGUGACGAGUAUGAUGAGUCGCUAUUGUCCGAAUGGGGUACCUGCGAAUGGUGAUGUUUCCACUUGUGGUUGGCAGCUGCCCAAUGGUGCCAUGCUAAAUACUAGCACGGACGUAUUCAGCAUGACGAGUUAUCUUCCCAGCCCUUACGGACUUCAACCAUACACUACCAUCCUCGAGCUUUAUUUCUUGGGAACUGAGGCACAAAGUGGUCCUCCUCUCAACUAUAACCCAUGGGCAAGACAAUGUACUCUCGAAUAUUGUGUUCAGACAAUCGAAACAGCUGUCGUCGAUGGGACACUCUCACAGAAUGUCACCCAGACAACAACCAACUCUACUACAGUCAAUGUUGGCAGCACGAACGGGACACUGCCUGUUAGCAUCACUUCCCCGAACGGCUCUUCGGUCUUCAUCAGCGAAGCAGCUGCAUUGGGUAUUCAAUCUUGGUUCUCAGAUCUGUUCAUGAAUGGUAGCGCGUCUCGCAAUGCCUCGGCUACCGUUGUCAAAGACCAAAGCGUCAUCGUCAACCUUACAGUCGGUAUAUCUUCUGGAACCACAUACUUUGACACAGAUAUCGUUCAGACCUUCUACUGGGACUACUAUGAAUACGCAGAUGGUAUUGGCCAAGCCAUGACCGAUCUUGCAACCGCAAUGACUGUCGCCUUCCGCACUUUUAAUGGUGUCGACAAAAUCCCCGGAACGGCUUAUGGAUUGGAAGUUCACCUCCGUGUUCGCUGGAGUUGGAUUGUGGUUCCCGUUCUGAUUGUUCUCUGCACGAUUUUGUUCCUUGCUAUGGUGAUUUUCAACGCCAACCGGCACAAGGUGCCGUUGUGGAAAGGUAAUGCACUUGCCGUCAUGUUCUGUGGUAUGGGGUUAGAUCAUGACUCGAGGAAGUUGUUUAGAGGGAAACAGAGCUUAAAGGAGAGGAUGGAUGUUGCGAAGCACGUGCGAGUGCAGCUAGAUGGACAAGGAAAUAUGGCUGCCAUCUAAGGCCAAGUCAGCAGGCGCCAGGUAAAUUGCUUCUUGUGUCUUCCAUUUCUUUGGUAUUUCAUGAUGAUCUCUAUUCUGUUUCAGUAU